AAUGCGCGUUUAAGGUUGGACGGUUCACGGGAAAGCCGCAAGAUGGCGUAAUACGUGCGACGCUGCUUUUGACGUUCGCGUAUGAGUUUUUUUUUUGGUUCCUUCUACUUUGAAAACGGCAGGAAGCGAAAAUUGUUGGUACGGUGCUUAGUGCUCGCUGGUCUGACUGAGGAUGUGGUGGAAAGUGUUGAGUACGAUAGGAGAGAUUCAACAGGAAAGGAUUUCGAUUUCGAGCACAUAGUACGCGAGACACACGAGGUCCCGCGAUUGGCCAGUUUAUGAGACGACGAUGGCUCCGUGAGGAGAGGAGAACAUGGCUGCGACGCAAGCCGAGAGCCAACAAAACGAUGUGAAGCUGAACGAGUCCGUGAAAUGCGCACAGAAACGUCCGCAAGUUGGUGGGAAUAGUGCGAGUGUUAACACGAAGCAGCAGCUGGAUCCAGAGCCGGGUGAUAAAGUGCCCCGGGGCGCGGCCCAGCUGCUUAAAUAUGUGAAUCGCGGCGGGGACACGGGUUUCGAGAUGAGUCAAUACCGCGAGGACAUUGGUGGACACACUGCCGGUGAAGUAAAAUCACCCAGAGAGGCUGGUCAGGCGCCUCAAGAAUCUAUCGGCAAGCAGGAGCCUCUCGACGCGCCCGGGCAUCCGAACCAUCCCGGACAUCCGUUUACGCCGAACGUUAUUCGCGAUUACUCCGACGAGUAUACCAACAAAUCGAACGAGUUUCCCUCCAAGUCGUUGACCGAUUAUCCGGGCAAGCAGAUACCAGAGUACGUGGGAAAGCAUGGAGAUUUCCCAGGGAAACAGUUGGACUAUCAUAGUAAACACUUAAUACAUGAAAGUGAAAGAGUUCAUCGGGCAGAAAUGGAAGAGCAUUAUGCAGCUUCCAAGAUUGAAUCGCGAUUGGCAUACGUAGGGGCUACACCGAGCAGUUUCACGGGGCAGCCCAGGUUUCUAUCGGGACAAAGUAUAUCCCAAGCUACCGGUCCAACCCCGACGUUGAAUCAGUUGCUUCAGGCCUCCACGCCUGUGCAUCGGUUUCAUGGAAACUAUCCUGGAAUGGGGCCAGAGCCGUAUCAACAACCUUGGCCCAUUCAGCGACCUCCGGUCGUUCCUCCAGUUUAUCCACAACCUGGUCAACGGCCUCCACAGACGGGAUCCCCGAGACUACAUGCAGGACCCGGAGGACCAAGUUCUCCGACUCCUAUGCCAUAUCAACAAUAUACACAACGUUAUUCUUCUCCUACGAGACCACAUGCACCGUAUAGUCACCAUCAGCUAAACUCUUAUACUACGCAAACCAGCCAUCCUUCCAGUCUAUAUACAGAACAGAGGGGUUGGAAUCAAGGUGGACCACCAAAUCCACCACCACCCCCAACCAAUCAAGCUAAUCCUUCCAGUCAGUCACCGCAACGUGCACUUUCUCAAUCUCCAGCACCACCUCCUUCGGCAUCUCCACAACCACAAGCGACAGGCCAAUCACAAAGUUUUCACAAUCUACAGCAACGAUCCACAACACCAAAUACUCAAGGAAUCGAUUCAGGGGAAUUGUCUGGACAAAAUAGUAAUGAUAGUUCGAAUGGACCAGCUUGUCCAGGAACGCCAAACUCACAGGGGAUGAGACCAACCCCUUCGCCUACAGGAUCUACAGGUUCUCGCUCGAUGUCCCCUGCUGUUGGCCAACAAAACGUUCAGAUGCCUCCACGGCCGUCAAGUAGCCAGUCAGAUGGUAGUGGACCAGCACGAAUGAGCCAUUCUCCUAUGACAACCCAAGGAGCAUACCAGCAGCCAUUGGGUCCUUCGCCACACAUGCAUAGCUAUAAAAUGAAUAACACUGGUCCUGGUGUCGUUCAACCAGGACCCGGUUCGACGAGUCUUGGUGGAAUAAACCCAAUGGGUGGUGGGAUGGGGUAUGCAGCUGGUGGAACGGCUGCCGGUCAGCCUGGGGGUUAUCACGCGCAAAGUACCUAUCCACCUCCGCGUCCACAUGUACAAUUUCCACAAGGUUAUCCAUCCCCAGCCAAUUCGCAACCACCACCGAACAAUCAAUAUCAGGCUCCUAAUAGACCCAAUAACUUGGUGCAAUAUCCUCCGUACACGCAUAAAAUGGGAUUUAACAGCGUACCACCGGGAAUGCCACCUAGCCCGGGACCACCUCAGGUUUACGGAGGUAGUAGUACAACGGGUAUGGUACCGCCGGGCACCCCUGGAGUGGCUGUGAUUGGUAAUAUGGGACCUCCGGCAAGUUCUAUGGGACCUCCACCACCAUCACCUAAUCAUGUCAGCAGUCAGCCACCUCCGACAAGCUCCAAUGUGCCCCAUUUACAUACCCCUGCAGCCACACCGCCACUGAAUCACGAAGGAAGUCCAAUGCCUCCGCCGAGCACUACUCCUAAUUCGCAUCCAACUUCAACGCCAACACCGACCAGUCACAGUUCUGCAGACCUUACCACCGAAACUUCCAACGACAGUGGCAUAACUACUACUGCUUCAGGUACAUCAGCUAUUAACGUCACAUCCACUUCAAGUGGUACUGUUACAUCUGUAAUAACAACUGGUCCCGAUGGAACAUCUUUAGACGAAGGAUCUCAACAGUCUACAUUAUCAAAUGCAUCGGCUGCUUCUGGGGAAGAUCCAGCAUUUACACCAAAGGUUCGAAAAGAAAUGAUAGGAGGGUAUCACAGCCAUCCGACUACACCGCAAAGUACAGUCCCAUCUCCUGGUGCCGCGAGUAUCAAUUCAAUACACGAAGAAUAUCCCGAUAUGAACAGUCCUGGUUGGCCGCGUACUCCUGCUAGUCCUGUUUUUAACAGUCAUGUGCCUCAAGACCCAUACAGAUCUAAGAAGUCAGACAGCUUGGCAAAGCUGUACGAAAUGGACGACUCGAUGGAUCGAAGAACAUGGCUGGACAAAUUAGUUAACUUUAUGGAAGAACGGAGAACACCAAUUACAAGCUGUCCUACCAUCUCCAAGAACCCCCUCGACCUAUUUCGGCUAUACCUCUACGUGAAAGAGAGGGGGGGCUUCAUGGAGGUAUGCAAGGUAACAAAGAACAAAACGUGGAAAGACAUAGCUGGUUCACUUGGCAUCGGAGCGAGCAGUAGCGCAGCGUACACGCUGCGAAAACACUAUACGAAGCAUUUGUUGGCGUACGAGUGUCACUUUGAUCGGGGAGGUGUUGAUCCUCAACCCAUUAUAAAUCAAGUCGAAGCUGGUUCGAAAAAGAAAGGAUCGAAGGGAACUGCCUCUGUACCCUCACCAGGGUCUUCCAAUUCACAAGACUCCUUCCCUGCUGCUGGAUCGAGUAAUGCUUCCAUGGAUGGUUACGGAAGUUACCAGAGUGGCUAUACUGGCGGUACACCCGGAGGACCUUCUUCAGAGUAUACACCUCCUCCUCCUAGACCUCCGAGCCAGAGUAGUGCUCCUUCUCCUCAUCAAGGUGGUUCGAACCAGGGCGGGCAGAAUAGCGUGAAACCGUUCGACAACGGUGUGGGACGCCUUCCUCGCAAGUCGAACGCAACGCCCUACCCUGGUCCACUACGAACCCCAGGUAUACAACAAGGCAGUUACCAGAACACAGGUUCCUACCAAAACUACCCUCAGGAUCAAUACAUCCGACCUCAGGGAAACACGUUGUCUCAACAGGGAGAGUUCAAUCAACCUUAUUCACCGAGGUCACAUUAUUCACCUUACGUACCAGACGUCGACAGAGGAUAUCCCGGAGGAAACAUGCCGCCAAACAACGCCAGCGGACAGGACAUGUACAAUAGAUAUAGCAGUAGUCAACAACCUGCGAGCUACCCAGCGGGAACACCACCUAACGCGAGAAGUAACAGCUAUCCAUCUGCGCCGCAAGCACAUCCGGCCACUGUACCACAACAAACGGCUACCAGUCAACCCUCUUCGCCUUCCCAGCCUUCCGCUGCUUCGUCCUAUUCGUGCCCUCAAGACUACUACAGACAGGAACAGGGUGGAUACGGAGCUCCUGCAGGAACACAAAUAUACUCAGGUAGCGCAAGUGCGAACAAAAAUAUGCCACCGCCACCACCAGGUCCAAAUCCGCCUAGGCGUCACCCUGACUUUGCCAAAGACCAACAAUAUCCUCAAUAUAAUCAACAACGACCAGCGUAUCCAGGAUGGCCAAAUACAACCAAUCAGUACAAUAGUAGUAGUGCGAACAAUAGGGUUCAAUAUCCAUCUCAACAACCGCAGUCGCAAACGCCGCAACAGCAGCAACAGUCGCAGCAACCCACGCCACCGGUUGGUCCUGUUUCCUCCACGCCUCCAACAGGAGGAAUCGCUAGUAGUCAACAGUGGGGUAGUCAACCGCCAAAUAGAACCACGCCUCAGCCAACUCUAAACACUAUAGCACAUGCUCCUCCACCGUGGGAUCAUCGUUACACAAAUCAACCGUCCCCUCUGUAUCCUGCACCUGGAACUCAUCAGAAUCAGCUCGGGAUAAAUCCCAUGAUCAGUCAACAGCCUACGUCAAAGAGAGAAAUGACAUUCCCUCCCGAUAGCGUGGAAGCAGUGACUCCGCUUCUUUACAAGCGACGGAAACUCACGCGAGCCGACGUGGCACCGGUAGAAGCUUGGCGCAUCAUGAUGGCUUUACGAUCGGGGCUAUUAGCUGAAAGCUGCUGGGCUCUCGACGUACUAAAUAUUUUGUUAUUCGACGAUUCUUCUGUAAGUUAUUUCGGGUUGACGCAUUUGCCUGGGCUGUUGGACGUUCUGCUAGAGCAUUUCUCGCGUUCUCUGUCCGACAUGUUCGAGUCACCGUUAGUGAACGAGGACGAUCGCAACUGGAACCAGUCUGCGGACGGUCCCGAAGUCGAUCUUGGCGCUGUGACUCGUCCCAUCGACCCCGAGGAUCGAACCAAAUUACUCGCGACGUCGAAUUACACAUUUUUAUCGAGAAGGGGUCGUCCUGUAAAAAUCGUCCCAAGGGACGAAGAUCUGUUCGUGUUGGAUACUCGGAGGACUUGGGAUCAUCAGGAUUGCGAGUCGGAAACCGAGCCCUGGCAAGUCGACAUUAACACCACCAAGUACAUAGUAACCUGCUUUCAGUCUGAAAUAGGAUCGGUACCGUUUGCGCGUCUCCUCAGAGACGAGAAGCCGCCUUUGCUCCAAAAAGAGGUGGAAUGCACGGAUUCCAAGGACGAAACCAAAGUAGAGCCCGGUGCGCUCGAGACACCGGAGUUUUCACAAAAAGCUAGCGAGCCGGGCGACAAGCCGAAGGAAACCAGCGAAAAGAAACAACUGGACAAGAAGAAGAAAACGAAAACGUUGAGCGACGUUCUUUCGAGGAUCAAAAAGGAACCGGAAGAGAUGAACGAUCUCACGAGAGAGUUGUUCGAGAAGAAGAACGACGGGUUCAAGAAGGAAUGCGAAACCGAGUCGAAGGUGAACAACAACAUGGGCGAACACUUCGCGGACCUACAGAAGAGCAACGAGGAACUCGUCCCGACGCAGAACGGACUAAACGACGCGACGAGCAACGUCGAGCUGGAUAAAACCGUGAUCAAAGUUGAGAUCGAGGAACAGGAAUCGAUAACAAAGGACGACGAUAAUAUGGAGGGACCAAGUUUAAAAAUAAGAGAUCCAGCGGGAACGUUGAAGAGGAGACGAAUAAGCGAUUACGAGGACGAGAGUUAUUCGAGGGACGAAGCGAGUCUGUACCUCGUCACUGAGACUCAGGACAGCCUGGCUCGACGUUGCGUCUGUCUGUCCACGAUACUAAGGAAUCUCACGUUUAUACCAGGCAACGAGUCCGAGUUCGCGAAGAACGUGACGUUUUUGAGCCUCCUCGGCAAGCUUCUGUUGCUGCAUCACGAGCAUCCGGUCAGGACGCAAAAGACUCGCAACUACGACCGAGAAGAGGACGCAGAUUUCGCGGAUUCUUGCAGCAGCCUGCAGGGGGAGAGCGAAUGGUGGUGGGAUUUCCUACAUCACAUCAGAGAAAACGUACUGGUGAUGGCAGCGAACAUAGCCGGCCACAUGGAUCUGAGUCACCAUCCGGAAGAGAUAUCACGGCCGGUUCUGGACGGGUUGUUGCAUUGGGCGGUGUGUCCCGCCGCCCACGGUCAAGAUCCCUUCCCUACGGUGGGCCCAAAUUCGUCCCUGUCGCCGCAAAGAUUGGCACUGGAGGCUUUGUGCAAACUCUGCGUGACCGAGUGCAACGUGGAUCUCGUGGUCGCUACGCCUCCGUACUCGCGACUCCAGAGACUUUGCUCCGUAUUGACCAGGCUACUUUGUCGGAGCGAGGAGCAGGUGUUGCGCGAGUUUGGCGUUAAUCUGCUGCACUUCCUGUCCGCAGCCGACAGCGGUGUGGCGCGCACGAUCGCUCUCCAAACACCGUGCGUAGCGCUGUUGGUGGCGUUUAUCGAACAAGCGGAGACCAGCGCGAUAGGAGUUGCGAAUCAACACGGUCUGGCCGCGUUGCGGGACAAUCCCGAAUCGAUGGGCACCAGCUUGGACAUGCUGCGACGCGCGGCUGGCACCCUGCUAAAUCUCGCCAGGCAUCCCGACAACAGAACUCUACUAUUGCAACACGAAUCCCGGCUACUCGCCCUGGUGAUGAGUCAAAUUCUGGAUCAACAGGUGGCCGCGAUCGUUGCUCGUGUGUUGUUCCAGUGUUCCAGGGGCGCGUAACUUUGUUAAGACGGUAUUCUCAGUUUUUUUCUUUUUGGGCCUGCGGGUGUGUUUCGCCGUGUUUAUUUAGCCUCCCUCGUGUAAAAUGAUGAUCUUUUUCCCAAGGUGAUGAGAAAGGACAGCUAUAUUACGGUGGCUGCUAUUUCUUUAGAGAAUACAAGAGAGAGAAAGCGCGACAGAAACGUAUAGAAAGGUGUAGAAAAGAGUGCGUGCGAGAGAAAGGGAAUUUAAUUACACAUAGAGGAGCGAGGAAACGAUGAAAAACGCGGGGUUUGGUUGUAGAGCGUGUAAAAGGAACAAAGUGUCGAUAUAUAAACGCUAUGGCAGCGUGUGGUUGUAGUUUUAUAUCGAGUAAACUCGAAGAAGUAAGAAAGUUAAUUAUUGGUGUUAGCAGCGAGUUAAGGUAUACUUCGACGCGACUAAAUGCGACGCGUCGGAUGUACCUCUCCCCCCUUCGUGAAUUGGAAUAAUAUCGAUAGUGUAAGAUAUUUACAUAGUUAAUGAAAAAAGGAAAGGAGGUGGAACUGACGAAAAUAAGAAGGGUCGAGACGACGAGUGAAAUAAUCGUGGAGGAGAAUAUAGAGGGGUGGGGUUAGCGAUAGAGGGAGAGGGAAAGGGAAAGGGAAAACGAGAAAACACGAAGACGUCGAGAAUAGAGGAUGAGAAAGGGAAAAGAAACAAACGAUUAUUAGCAGCAUAAUAAUAUAUAUAUAUAUAAAAAAAAAAAAUACCGAUGACGAUUGAGACAAAACUAUACAAAAAAAAUCUGUUUGACGAACCUUAAAAUGGUGCGAUGCGGAACGAUAAUAUCGGGGUGACGAUUAUAUAUAUAAAUAUUAACGAUAAUAUAAUGCAAAUUUUUAUAUUUGCAUGUUUUGUGCUGUAAUUAGCGAGUAAUUAAGAUAUUUUGUAGAUAACACACACACAUACACAAACACACACACACACACUUCCAUUGAAUCUUAUUCGAACUGCGCCGCGCACGAGGAGUAACAAAACGAGCAGAGGAAAAAAAAGAAACGAAAGGAAUAAAAAAAUACAUCAUGCGGCGCGAGCGCCCCCAAACGGUGGUCCGUCUCGCGAACAAGAAAAAAAAUUUAACAAAUAUAAGAGAAAAAGCAGCGGACCACCGAAAGUCUCGACUUUAGCAGCACAGGCAGAACUAGAACUGAAGAAAGACAUUGUUAGAAAAGAGGAAAAGACCGAUGAUCGCGAGCGAGAGAGCGAGAGUCGAAGCGUGAAAGAACGUGCGAAAGCGUAAUAAAGAACGGUUGGAAAUAAUAAAACCGAAAUUGAGAAGAGAACGAUUGAAGAAUAACGUGAAAAAAUGAUGUGUGCAUGGGGAAAGGACGUGAAUGAUCACUGCUACGGCGAAUAAGUAGGCGAAAGAAAAAGAAGAAAUUAUGCAAAGACGAAUAUAGGAAGCUAAAAAGAUACAGGUGGAGGACAAACUUACAGAUUCGCCUCGACAAGUAUGAAUAUCGUGUGAAUGAGAGGGAGAAAAUGAACGCGAUUACGAUAGACCGCAAAAAUGCUGUCGCGAAACGAUUAGCAUCGCGAAACGGUAACACGGUGUAACGCGAAUGCCGCAUCUGUACAUAAUAUGUAGAUGCGUAGGAGGAUUUGUGUAUACGACGAACGUCUUCCGCGCAUCUACCUUGCGCAGACACGUCGCUUAUGUUAUACAUGUAAUGUGUCGCAGCUUGUCGGCGCUAGUAGUUUGCGGCAACUGUUUUUGCGGCCUGUUCAUACGAAGACAAAACAGAAAAGAACGCGUGCAGCUUUACGUGCAUGAACAUUUUGCGUGUGUAUUAACAGAAAUAAAUGGAAGGAACGAAUGCCCCGGUUGCGUGCACGAAGGAUGGGGGUUCUGGUAGAAAAAGGGGUGGGGAAUAGUGUCUGUGAAAUAAACAAUCCGCUAAUAUACGCAUAUACGAGCUUACGAGAGAGAGAGAGUGAUUGAGAGCAGGUAAAACGUAAGCGAUUAAGCAAAAAUAUUAAGAAAGUUUCAACAGCGAGUGCGAUCACGCUUCAGUUUAAAUUAAUCGAAAUUAUUGCGCGUAUUUUGUUUGGUAGAACUUCGGUUUUUAUUUUUUAUUUCUGAUAUCGUUUUUUUUUUUUUGUGAUUCACCGGACACAGGAGAUUUCCGAAAUAUAAGUAAUAUCUGACUGCAGAAUUUUUUGUUUUUUGGAAUAAACGUAAUUGAAUGCCGUUGUGAUCAAAAUCGAACACGUAACAAUGUCAGACUACGUAUUAAGAGGGGAUCUACGAGUAGCAACGAUAGCGAUAAAAUAACGGUUUAAACGGGCGAUGAGAUGUACUAGGAGGAAUGGGGAGAGAGACGAGGUCUAGAAUGUUUUAUGGUAAUGUAAAAAAAAAAAAAAAUGGAACAUAUAGAGAAAAGGUUAAAAACAUGGAAUUUUUAAAUCUUAAGCUCUCGAUCGUGCCAUUAAACGAUUUUAAUGGGAUGUAUUUAUAGUCUCAAAACUUUAUGCUUUUCAAAGCGCAUAUGUUAUCAUAAAGAAAAGAAAUUAAUGAGUACUAUCCCCCCCCCCCCUCCCCCAUUGUCAGCUUUUGCACAUAUUUCGACGUUUCUUACAUAUACAUUUACCUAAUGUAAAGAAAAGAAAACAAGAGAGAGAGAAAAAAAAAAUACCACACUAAUUUUGAACGUUCGUUGAGUCGACGACAUUUGCAUUCACGCACCUUCCAUGCCGGUACUUCCUUUUUCAUUUUGUAGAAACAGAUUAAACGAGUGAACGGUGUUUCAGUUCUCACGAUGAUAACGUACGUAAAAGAAAAAGAAACAAAAGGAUAAAAAGAAACGAUCAGAUUCGACUUUGUUUGAGGAUAAUUAGGUGAGAGGAGGAUGAAAGAAAAUGAUAAAACACAGAGGAUGAGGUAAAUAAGUUAAACAGAACACUUUCCCUGAUCCCAGCUUCUCCCUGGCCCCAAAGUAUCCUACUCUAUAGAUAUCUAAAUACGUGUAGUUCUUAAAUUAUUUACUUUAGUUCGAGUGGAGAUGCCUGUAAGUGUAAUUUACUAAGACUUUUUGUAAAUAAAUUAUGAAAUAAACUAGACGUACUUUA